AUGACAUCUGAAAUAUUAGAUGCUAUUGAUUUUUCACAAAAAUCAUUCUGGAUUUCUUUGGCCUCAAUUGCUUUUAAUCCAUUAUUUUGGAAUUAUGUAGCAAGAAAAGAAUAUAAUACGCAUUUUAUAACUCGCACUUUCGGUAACUCUUAUUACGGGUGUUACGCGUUGGCCGUCACUAUUUUUUCUCUUGGAAUUUUUAGAGAUUAUUUAUACAAACAGGCAAUUGAAAAUCAACCGAGCUUGACUUUGUUACAGCACGAUUACAUCAAAGUAAUAUCAGCGAUAUUAUUUAUCUUCGGUAAUAUUUUCGUAUUAUCUUCAAUGUAUGCACUAGGUAUAACUGGAACAUACCUCGGCGAUUAUUUUGGGAUUUUGAUGAACGAUCGUGUGACUUCUUUUCCAUUUAACGUACUCGAUAAUCCAAUGUAUUACGGUUCUUCGAUGGUAUUUUUGUCUACUGCAUUGUGGUAUGCGAGUCCUGCUGGAAUUAUCUUAACUAUUUGGGUUUUUCUACUUUACUUGAUUGCGCUUGAAUAUGAAGG